AAAGCCCAGCCCUGGAUUCUGCCACAAUUACGACGGGUCAUCGAGUCCUUUCCACUUCCCCGUCCCCCGUCGCCGACCUCGACCAUCCGCCUCUCCAUGGACGGCGGCCGGGCAGCAGCCGGCGGCGCUGGGCCCUCUCCCGUCGCUGCUCCUCCACAUCCCACGGCGCCGAGCAGCACUCCUGUCGAUGUCUCCUCGUUCAUCCACACGCCGUGCUACUGUGAAGAAAAUAUUUACAUGCUAUGUAAGGAACUGAUGAGAAUUGGAGUGGCUGACCCUAUUGGUACUGAUCUUUAUGUUGUUUUCAUAUCAAAUGAGGGAAAGCAGGUUCCUCUCUGGCAUCAGAAAGCAAGUACUUCUGAUGACGGUUUUAUCUGCUGGGAUUAUCAUGUGAUCUGCAUCCAGUCUAGGCGAAACAAAGGAGAAGUUCUUGAUCUUGUUUGGGAUCUGGACUCGGAUCUUCCUUUUCCUUCCCCAUUCAGCCAGUAUGUUUCCGAUGCAAUUCAACCACUAGCAUUUGGUGAUUCCAAAUAUAGAAGACUCUUCCGUGUUGUUCACGCUCCUUUGUUUCUUCAAUCAUUUGCUUCAGAUAGAAGCCACAUGAAGGACCCUACAGGGAAUUGGAUCCAGCUACCACCAAAGUAUGCUCCGAUAAUGGCUGCAGAUGGAACCACCAAUAACCUUCAUGAAUACAUCACGAUGUCUGUGGAUGAUGUGGCGGACAUUGAAAGUAUGGUUAAUGAUGUUUACUCCAACAAGCAUGGUGUGGUGGUAAAUGAAACAAUACUGCCCAGAUUCUUCUCUCGACUGCCUGGUUCACAUCCUUAACAAGUGCACCACAUUUUUUUUAAAGUAGUUUCAGUGUUUCUUUAUGUUGGUGGGUUACUCUGUUCUCUGCCUCUAGUACAAGAUUGAGAAACAUGGGUGCAUACGGAGCAUCUGGUACUCCAAGGGGUGUUUCACAUCUGUUUUGGAACUAAAGAAUACAAGCAUUUUGAUCUAUAAAAAGAAGGAAUAUGAUCAUUUGUAAUUCAGCUCUA